AUGGCAGAAUGGUGUGCAGAUCAUUUACGAAAUUGUGAAGGUUGGAAGUCGGCUGGAUUGGAGUUAUCCACGACAAGUGAUGAAAAUGCGAAACUAUUGGAUGCAUCGAUUCGACAGUUGGUUUCAUGGUCAGAUUGUGUCAGUUUGGGAGGAUUUCAUGAGACUUUGGUCAGGUUGACAGCUUCCGAUCCUGGUGCAAUCAUGGCCCGAGCAUUCUUUGUCGGAUUAGCUGGUCUAGGCACAGAGUCGGCUGCCAGAGAUCCGGUAUUUGCUAAAACAAUGACACAACUUGAAUCUGAUGCUGAAAAAUAUGGAAACCAGCGAGAAAAACGACACGUGAAAGCUGCUGUUUUGUGGGGAAGAGGAAAACAUCACGAAGCAGCAGAUGAAUGGGAUAGUAUUAUGGAUGAAUAUCCAACUGAUUUGAUUGCUGUCAAAUUCUCUCACGAUGCUCACUUUUUCAAUGGAAAUUGUAAGGGAAAGAAGAAUGCAAUCGAGAAAGUUAUAAACAAAUGGAGUCACGAUUUGCCAUGUUAUAGUUAUUUGCAUGGAAUGUACGCAUUCGGUCUGGAGGAGUGUGGUCUGUAUGGAGACGCAGAGAAAGAAGCAGAUCAAGCAUUGAAUCUGAAUAGAUUUGAUUGUUGGGCAUCUCAUGCGAAAGCUCACGUACUUGAAAUGAAUGGAAGACAUAAAGAAGGAAAAGAGUUCAUGUAUAGAACAGAAGAUGAUUGGAGGCAAGGUUGGAUGAUUGCAACUCACAAUUAUUGGCAUACUGCUCUGUUCCAUAUUGAAUAUGCAGAAUAUGAAGAUGCAUUGGGAAUAUUCGAUAGAGAGAUUGCGAAAAGAUUCAACAGAACGAACUCUCUUUUGGAUAUGGUGGAUGCAAGUUCACUGCUUUGGAGAUUGGAAUUAGAAGGAGUUGAUGUUGGAAAAGAAAGAUGGGCAAAUAUCGAACAUCUUGGAAAAUUCAUUGAUAAUCAUGCAAUUGUAUUCAAUGAUGUUCAUCUCGGAGUUGCAUUGUAUAGACAGGAUGAAUUGGAAACAGAGAAGAAUUUGAGAGACUCUCUGGAGAAGUAUUCUUCGCUUUUAUCGGAAGACAAUGCAAGAAUCAGCAAGGAAAUUGGAAUGCCUCUCUACGAUGGAAUGUUGGAUUAUGCUCGAUGCGAGUAUGAUGUAGCUGCUGAAACGAUGUUUCCGAUUCGAGACAAAGUUAUUCAAAUUGGAGGAUCCCAUGCUCAAAGAGAUGUGUUUGUUCAGACACUCAUCCAGUCUUGUAUAAUGAGUAAAGAUCCCAAAAACUGGAGUUUGACUCCACAACUGUUAAUUGAGAGAGAAACGAUGAAACACGAUUCUCUUCUGGGUCAACGAUUGGCUGAUAAGUUCAGAGCAAAGCACCCGCUGUGA